UUUCCCACAGCUGGUGUUAGCUUCCAUCUUGCUGGUUGGGAAGGCUCAUGGAUGGAAUGACGGUAAGGAUGACCUUGAGGCCGCCCUGCAGACUGUGGAACAGCGGGGGGAGAGACUGUUGGCUCUUCUGCUCAACAAGAUCAAGGCGAGGCGGGAUAAAACUGGCGAUGUCGGUGAAGAGGAGACCCACGAAUUUGAAACACGAGAUCAGCAAUUGUCUUGCACCAUGCGAGGUGAUGUCGAUCAGCUGCAGAAUGGAAGAGUACAGUUGUGUUCGACGUGUUGGUACGUAAAGACGCUUCCUGUUGGCUACUUUCCACCCAUCUUGAACGAGCUCCGGUGCGAUACGGACACCAGAUGCCUUUCAGGCUAUGGGCAGUGUAAACAGCGCACCCAACAGUUGACCGUUCUGCAAAGCGUCGGUGGCAACUUCCAGAAAAUGACGAUCUUACAGAAUUUUGGCUGUGAAUGUGGCGUGCUGAGUGGGAGUCCCCUGCAUAGCUUUGUUGCACACUGAAGUGAUGAAACAACUUUUGACACACACACUCAGAAGAAAGAUUCGCAUAGAAAUUGUAUGUCAAGUUCUACUGUGUGUGUGUGUGUCUGUAUGUGUGUGUAUGUGUGUGUGUGUGUGUGUAUGUGUGUGUGUAUGUGUGUGUG